GGGACGCUGGGAGUGCGGGCGCCAAGGGAGGGGGAAGGGGAAAGGGAGACGAUACAAACGGCGCGGCCGCCAUCUUGUUUGCGCCCCCGCUCUGCGCGCGUCCGUUCUUCGUGACGCACGUUUCCCCCUCCCCUCCACCGGGCCGGGCCUCUACACUGCCCGACGCCGCAGAAGCGCGGGGGCGGCUGCUGCUCUUCUCUGGACUCGGGAGGAGAGGCCGUGACCGAAAUGUCCACAGAAGGAGCGUUUGGUGGUACCAGCAGCAGUGAUGCCCAGCAGAGCCUCCAGUCCUUCUGGCCUCGAGUCAUGGAAGAAAUUCGGAACUUAACAGUGAAAGAUUUCAGAGUACAAGAACUCCCACUGGCUCGUAUUAAGAAGAUCAUGAAACUGGAUGAAGAUGUGAAGAUGAUCAGUGCGGAAGCCCCUGUGCUCUUUGCCAAGGCAGCCCAGAUUUUUAUCACGGAGCUGACUCUUCGAGCCUGGAUCCACACAGAGGAUAACAAACGCCGUACUCUUCAGAGGAAUGAUAUCGCCAUGGCAAUUACAAAAUUUGAUCAGUUUGACUUUCUCAUCGAUAUUGUUCCAAGAGAUGAAUUGAAACCUCCAAAGCGUCAGGAGGAGGUGCGCCAGUCUGUGACUCCUGCUGAGCCUGUCCAGUACUACUUCACGCUGGCUCAGCAGCCCACUGCUGUCCAAGUCCAGGGGCAGCAGCAAGGCCAGCAGACCACCAGCUCCACAACCACCAUCCAGCCUGGCCAGAUCAUCAUCGCGCAGCCCCAGCAAGGCCAGACCACACCCGUGACAAUGCAGGUUGGAGAAGGUCAGCAGGUACAGAUAGUGCAGGCCCAGCCUCAGGGUCAAGCACAACAGGCCCAGAGCGGUACCGGACAGACCAUGCAGGUGAUGCAGCAGAUCAUCACUAACACGGGAGAGAUCCAGCAGAUCCCGGUGCAGCUGAAUGCCGGCCAGCUGCAGUAUAUCCGCUUAGCCCAGCCUGUAUCAGGCACCCAAGUCGUUCAGGGACAGAUCCAGACACUUGCCACCAACGCCCAGCAGAUCACACAGACAGAAGUCCAACAAGGACAGCAGCAGUUCAGCCAGUUCACAGAUGGACAGCAGCUCUACCAGAUCCAGCAAGUCACCAUGCCUGCCGGCCAAGACCUCGCCCAGCCCAUGUUCAUCCAGUCAGCCAGCCAGCCCUCCGACGGGCAGACCCCCCAGGUGACCGGAGAUUGAGGGCCUGAGUUGGCAAGGCCAAGGACACCCAACACAAUUUUGCCAUACAGCCCCAGGCAAUGGGGGCACAGCCUUCCUCACCAGAGGACUCGGGGACUUCAGUGCCUCCUUCAGGCUAGGACAUUGGUGCACUAUGCCCCACGCCUAGGGACCGAGAUUCUACAACAUAAAGAUGCAAUAUUUUUUAUUUCCUUUCGUCCAUUUUUUUUCUCCAAGGAAUCAAUAUUUCAAUAUAUUGAGUGUGUGUGUCCAAUGCUAUGAAAUGAGAAUAUUAAAUAACAUAUUUAUGGCAUUUUCUCUUCAA